GAAACAAAAGGUUACCCUCACCCCUCCCUCUCCCUUAUUCUCGGCCAAGUAAUACCCAGGAAGAAGAAGAAAACCACCCUCCUUCAUUCUCCAUUGUUGAAGAGAGCUCAACAAGAAGGAAUCCCAAGGAAAGGAGCUAAGGUGCUAAAAGUGUGAAAAGAUUAAGGAACUUGUGAAAGGUAUUUCAAGUGAUUUCACAAAGUUGGGAAAGUCGCCGGAAUUGUCGCCGGAGUUGACCAAAAGUCGCCGGAGUGUCACCGGAGUUCAACCAAGAAGGGUAGAACUACAUACACUAGUUCAAGGUUGAAGCUAGGGCUUGCUACUUGCACCUUCUCACGGGUGGUAUCAAAUCAGGAAGACGUGGUUCGUGCUUCCUUAUUUUCUUUCAAACUACCGAACACUUGCUCAUGGAUAUUUGUUCUACUAUAAACUAUUUUUGGGGCUUGCAUGCCCAUGUUGUUGGCCGGUUGUGGCCUAUGACUUACCGUUGAAUAUUUUCCGCUAUUCAUUGGUUUAAAUGUGAUGUUGUUAUGUAUGUUUACUACUGAGUAUGGAUGGAUUGUUUUCUCGAACGCCUUGUGUAAUUGAGUGAGGUUGACUCGUGGGUGACGUCACUUAGUUAUACGGCGGUUGUACACGCGCUUGGAUUGCGGUCUGGGGCGUGACAAUUAAGUGGUAUCAGAGCCAUCUCAGUUCUAAACUAUAUAAUCAACCUCUCACAAAAGAUUUUACAAAAGAGUUUUUGCCGAAAACCAUGAGCAUUGUAUUUUGACGUUUAUAGGACUAUUGGUGCUUAAGUUGCAAGGCCUCUAAUUGUUAAGACGGUACCCUUAACAAUUGGUAUGGUAGUGACUUGGGCCAAUACGUGUCUGUAACGUUUUUCCGUCAAUUGACAUUUAUAGGAGUCUAAUGACUCAUCCAUAUUUCUUUCAGAAAUGGAGGGCAGGCGAAUGAGGAUCAGGAACAAUCCGAGGGGGCAGGCGCCGGUAGCAUCCCAAAGGGGAAGCCGGGCUGCAUCUCGGGGUUCAAGAGGAGGCCGUGGAGGCCGUGGAAGCCGUGGAGGUCAUCAAGCUCAAACUGUGAGUGAUGGUCAUGUAAGCUCGGUGUAUGAAACCAACACCGAGGACUAUGACUCAACCUACGUUCCAGAAACGGAGCAUGAGGAGACCCCGUAUGAUGGGGGUGACACAUACACCGAUGAUGAUGAUGAAGAGAGUGAUGCCAAGUUCGCCCAAAUGGGCGAAUUGCUUGAGUGGUAUCAAAAAGAAAAGCUGAGGAGAGACCUUAGGCGCCAAGCAAGGCGUGGCUCUCGGGGUGGUUCGGGUCAAGGAAGCCGGGGAGCUUCAAGGGCCACCCUCGCGGUGUCACAUGGUGGGCGUGAAGGAGGUUUUUGUGUGAGAAUCUCCAAGUACCUCAAGGAGGCUAGGGCCUUGGGGUGUAAGUCCUUUGACGGCACCGGUGACAUUACCGUUGCCGCCGAUUGGAUAAAGAAGGUGAAGGAUGCGGCAAAGGACAUGCAAAUUUCACCGGACGUGAAGUUGACUGUUGCUUCACGGCUGCUUGAGGGGAUAGCUUCCACGUGGUGGGAGAGUGUGGAAGGAAAAUACCAUGGGGAGGUCUCAUGGUUGAACUUUGAGCAGGAGUUUUAUGACCAAU